AAGACUCUUGUCUGAGUUUGACAAUUAUGAUAUUUAAAUAGCAUUGAUCACUGUUUCCUCCUCCUGCCCCCCGUGUGUGUGGCCCGAGGGAUGGGUCACGUGACUAAAGCUAAGGUGAUGCUGAUCGGGGACACGGCUGUCGGGAAAACCUCCAUCCUCGUCCGCUUCACAAAGGAAGUCUUCGAUCCCAAUUUUAUCGCCACCAUAGGUAUUGAUUUUAAAAUAAGGACAAUAGAAUUAGAUGGUAAAAAAAUUAAGUUACAAAUAUGGGACACUGCGGGACAAGAAAGGUUUCGUACCAUCACCACAGCCUACUACAGGGGUGCCAUGGGAAUCAUGCUUGUGUAUGACAUCACAAAUGAGAAAUCUUUCGAAAAUAUCCGAAACUGGAUUCGCAAUAUUGAGGAGCAUGCCUCUCAGGAUGUUGACAAGAUGAUUCUGGGAAACAAGUGUGACAUGAACGACAAAAGAGUCGUCUCCAAGGAGAAGGGCGAGUCACUGGCAAUAGAACAUGGUAUUAAGUUUAUGGAGACCAGUGCCAAAGCCAGCAUUAAUGUAGAGGAAGCCUUCUUUACAUUAGCCAGGGACAUCAAGGCUAAAAUGGACAGAAAAUUGGAGUCCUCAAAUGCUCAGGCAAAGAAUGCUGGUGCAAUAACACCUGGAAAAACACAGGCCAAGAAGUCGGGCUGGAGGUGCACCAUAUUGUGAUGUCAGCUGGCAUUGUGAUAGGUUUUUUAAAUUGUAAACUGAUAUUUUAUUGGCUGUUGGUGAAACAGAAGAAGCUGUUGGUCAAUUUUCAACAUGUGAUAUUGGACCCUGCAACCAAUCAAAGGGUACAGUAUUCAUCCAAUCAGAGAGAGGGGACUCUGUGAGACUUUUGUGAUUAUACAUCAUUAACCACAUUGCUGUAUAUUUUUGCUUGAUUGUCAGGAGAAAGAAUAAGAUAUUGGCCAACAGUUUCAUAUUUAUAUUUUUUAAUAUUCCUGUCAAGUGUACAUCAUAUUGACAUAUUCCAAUGCAUGGUGUACUUACGAUAUUGCUAAUAACCCUAACGACUCUGUAACAGAACUUUAAGUAAAGCAGUGUCAUUUGUAUAUAACUGUUGUAAAACAGAGGAUUAAAAAAAAAAUUGUGUCACAAUUCUCGAGAUGCAUUAUGCAUAAAAUGUAAGGAGAAAUACUUAUCAGUAAUUUUUUUUAUUUGAAUCAUGCUUUGUUUGUUGGUAGAGUUUUGUUAAUUGUUUCAUGUAAUCCUAAACAAGGUGAUUAUCCGAGAUUCUUCCUUGACCAACAUUAUCCCAGGUUUAUCUGCAGUAAUUUAUUAAAUCCUUGUUUUCCAAGUCACUUCUGCUGUUUAACACCACAAUAUACUGCUUUUAACUGGUACUGAUGUUAAAAUUUAACUUUUUUAAUUUUAGAAUUUGGAAUUGGAAAUUAUACUUUACAGAAUUUAGAGUAAACUUGUUUCUGUGUAAGAAGUCUACAGAGCUUGGGUGACUGAUCAAUUAUAAAUGUAUGUUGUAAUUUCUGAUCUGAAUUCUUUAGCCACUACCAGAGACAUUAAGGAUGUACAACCUGUGGCCUUCAGAUGUUGAAUUAUCCACAAGCCUGAACCAUUUAUGUGCAUUUUUUGUUUAAAGUCUAACUGUACAACAAGUUAACAAUUGCUUGCGAUCUGUAAGGCCUGUUAAGGUAUGGCCGCCUCAGGUGGUCUUUUGUCAAUAGAAAUAAUAAAGCUUAUUGAUAAACUUGA